CGCCUCCCGCAGGUCGGGCCUCCUGCACGGCCGGGUCGCGCCAGCCCGCGCGUCUGGGCACAGCCGGCCCCCGGCUGCACCGCGAGCCCCGCACCGUUCAGCCCCGGACACCCCGGCCCCGCCGCCUUCCGUCCCGACCUAGAAGUCGCGGCUCUGUUCGCCCUUCUCGGCGGAGCCGGGACCCGCAGCCCGAGGCUCGCGUUCGUCGCCGAGUCCCGUGCGCUGGGACUCGCCCUUGCUCCCCGCCCGGACCGUCCUGCGGUCCCAGCCUCCGCCUCGCCCCGCGUCGCGGACCCCGAGGCGCGCAGGUGUCGGCCCCGCGGGCUCGGUCCCAGCGCCGCCCGGACAGGACGCCGCCGCGGCCCCGGGUCGCGGCCCCCCGGCCCCCGACGCCCACGCGCCUGCCUCGGGACGCGCGCCCCGCAGCCUCCAGGCGCAGACAUGCGGCCCGCCAAGCCGGGCGCCUGGCUGGCCUCGAUCGUCCUGCUCGCGCUCGCUCUGUCCCCGCCCGGGGCCCAGGGGAGGCCCCGGGGUCGCAGGGGAGCGCGUGCCACGGACCUGGAGGCGAAGCCGUGGCUGCUUCUCCCCGCGGCCAGGGCCACCCGGAGCACAGAAAUGUUCCUACGAGAUUCGAACUUGAAAGACAAAUUGAUAAAGCAUUUCACAGGGCCAAUCACAUUUUCAGCCGAAUGUAGCAUACAUUUCCAUCGACUCUAUCACAAUACCAGGGAUUGCUCAACACCAGCUUAUUACAAGAGAUGUGCUAGAUUGCUCACAAGAUUGGCAGUGAGUCCCCUGUGCUCGCAGACUAGAAGACCUGCCCUAUGAGCAUUGCUUGUGAAUGUAAAUCAAAUGUGAAGAAAAAAGUGCCUGGAAUCAUAUUAACUGUAUAAAGAGAUGAAAUAUCUAAUUUUAUGAUGUAUUAAGAUGACUAAAAUAAGAGACUUCUCAGAAAUAACUGAUUAGCGUGUCCUUCCACGCAAUGCAGUCUUUCUUGGUUUAUCUUUGUGUAUAGAGUAUUCAAAAUAUUUUAAAACAAAGUUUAAAUCACACAAUGUAAAUAGAAUCUUAAAAAAUAUGCUAUUCUUUUAUUUUUAUUGUAUUAUUUUCUUAUAUGGUUAAUAUCCCAUAUAGGUGUGAAUUAAGUAUUUAAUUAUAUAAUUUAUGUCUGAGAGUACCAGUGAGAAAUGAUUUAAGUAAUAUAUUUGUUGAAUAAUCAUG